CCCGAGUCACGUGGCUGCUGGCGGAGAUGGGCGGGGCGUGGGACGUGCUGCCGCGUCCUAGCUGGCUUACAGGGCGGCGGCGGGGCGUGUGUCCUCUGUUAAUAGUGCUACUCGCCCGGGGUUGAUCUGUGCAUGCCACUCCUGGGUCAGACGGUGAGGUCGGCGUCUGCGAGGACACGGCGGUGGAGGAGAAGGGCAGCCGGAGACAGGCCGGGCGCCCCUUCGGAGGCUAGACGGCCCCGGCUUCGCGGUGAUCAUGGCAUCGCUGGUGGACCGAGUGCGGGGCCACGGGCGAAUCGCCGCAGGGCUCCUGUUCAACCUGCUGGUGUCCAUCUGCAUUGUGUUCCUCAACAAAUGGAUUUAUGUGCACCACGGCUUCCCCAACAUGAGCCUGACCCUGGUGCACUUCGUGGUCACCUGGCUGGGCUUGUAUAUCUGCCAGAAGCUGGACAUCUUUGCCCCCAAAAGUCUGCCGCCCUCCAGGCUCCUCCUCCUGGCGCUCAGCUUCUGUGGCUUUGUGGUCUUCACUAACCUUUCUCUGCAGAACAACACCAUAGGCACCUAUCAGCUGGCCAAGGCCAUGACCACGCCGGUGAUCAUAGCCAUCCAGACCUUCUGCUACCAGAAAACCUUCUCCACCAGAAUCCAGCUCACGCUGAUUCCUAUAACUUUAGGUGUAAUCCUAAAUUCUUAUUACGAUGUGAAGUUUAAUUUCCUUGGAAUGGUGUUUGCUGCUCUUGGUGUUUUAGUUACGUCCCUUUAUCAAGUGUGGGUAGGAGCCAAACAGCAUGAAUUACAAGUGAACUCAAUGCAGCUGCUGUACUACCAGGCUCCGAUGUCAUCUGCCAUGUUGCUGGUCGCUGUGCCCUUCUUUGAGCCAGUGUUUGGAGAAGGAGGAAUAUUUGGUCCCUGGUCAGUUUCUGCUUUGCUUAUGGUGCUGCUAUCUGGAGUAAUAGCUUUCAUGGUGAACUUGUCAAUUUAUUGGAUCAUUGGGAACACUUCACCUGUCACCUAUAACAUGUUCGGGCACUUCAAGUUCUGCAUUACUUUAUUUGGAGGAUACGUUUUAUUUAAGGAUCCACUGUCCAUUAAUCAGGCCCUUGGCAUUUUAUGUACAUUAUUUGGCAUUCUUGCCUAUACCCACUUUAAGCUCAGUGAACAGGAAGGAAGUAAGAGUAAACUGGCACAACGUCCUUAAUUGGGUUUUUGUGGAGAAAAGAAUGUUGUCCCAAGAAGAUAAAAAAUAUUGUUAAGUGUGCAAGCUAUUAAAAAAAAAAAAAACUGGGCCAGGCACGGUGGCUCAUGCCUGUAAUCCCAGCACUUUGGGAGGCCAAGGCCAGCGGAUCACCUGAGGUCGGGAGUUCGAGACCAGCCUGACCAAUAUGGAGAAACCCCAUCUCAACUAAUAAUACAAAAUUAGCCAGGCAUGGUGGUGCAUGCCUGUAAUCCCAGCUACUCGGGAGACUGAGGCAGGAGAAUCACUUGAACCCGAGAGGCGGAGGUUGCAGUGAGCCGAGAUCGUACCAUUGCUCUCCAGCCUGGGCAACAAGAGUGAAACUCCGUUUCAAAAAAAAAAAAAAAAUUGGUGACUGAUUCAAUGAUGGAAUGAUUUGUCAGAAUUAACACAAGGGAAAUUUUAUUCAUAUAAUGACUUUUUUUUAAGAGUCUCUUUUUUUAAAAAAAUUAAUUCUCUAAAACCAAAAUGGUUCAUGCUUCUUUUUAAAAAUGAUUGUAUAAAAUGUAUGGGAUGGUUAGCCUGGUGUGGUGGUGCACACCUGUAAUCCCAGCUACUUGAGAGGCUGAGACAUGAGAAUCACUUAAGCCUGGGAGGCAGAGGUUGCAAUGAGCCAAGAUCGCACCACUGCACUCCAGCCUGGGUGACAGAGCAAGACGCUGUCUCUCUCUCUCCAUAUAUAUAUAUAUAUAUAUAUAUGUGUGUGUGUUUGUGUGUGUGUAUACAUAUAUAUAUACACACACAUAUACAUGUGUAUGUAUAUACCAUCCCAUAUAUAUGUGGAUAUAUAUAUAUGGGAUGGUUUGGUUGGUCCCAGCAAAGUACAUGAAAAUUAAAGUUCUGUGAUAAUGACAGAGGAAUUGCUGUUACUGUACUGCAAAUGUGCUGUGGGUUCUCAGUGUUCAUACUCUUCUAAGGAGGGACACACAGAAGCUCUCUGCUUGCUGAUAGAUGGUUUCCCAGUGUGAGAUUUGUUAUUUUGAUCAGAGUAUUCAAAUCAGAAUUUAAAUCCAGUGUUUCUAUUUUAGUUUAGCUUCCUGAUUUAUAUAAAUGAAAUCUCAUUUAUAAAGUGUAAUAAAGAUGACUAAGACAAAAUCCAAUUCUAAAAGUAUGAUUUUUUUCUAGUAGAAAAUUGAUGUAAGAAAUCAUACAUUAUUCAUACAUUUAUAGGUCAUCUCUUUUGAGUUUUCAGUGAACUAUAGAAACUAUAUGGAGUUAAAAAACAAAAUGGCAGCCAUUCUCAGAGGUUCACACCUGUAAUCCCAGCACUUUGCAAGGUUGAGGCGGGCAGAUCACCUGAGGUUGGGAGUUCAAGACCAGUCUGACCAACAUGGAGAAACCCCAUCUCUACUAAAAAUACAAAAUUAGCCAGGCGUGGUGGCGCAUGCCUGUAAUCCCAGCUACUCGGGAGGCUGAGGCAGGAGAAUCGCUUGAACCCAGGAGGCAGAGGUUGCGGUGAGCCGAGAUCAUGCCAUUGCUCUCCAGCCUGGGCAACAAGAGUGAAACUCCAUCUCAAAAAAAAAAAGCCCUAUGUUUAAAUGGCCCAAAGAAAAGACUAUAAAUGGAAUUGAACUUGUUUGUUAGCUGUUUUAUAUUGAGCAUUUUAUAUUGGUAAAUUAGCUGGGCAACAAGAGCAAAACUGUGUCUCAAAAAUAAAUAAAUAAUAAAAGAAAGACCGGAUUUAUUAGAUGUGGUCCAUUUUGUCUUUCUGUUCCCAAACUUAAACUGGAUUAUACCUGCUAAUAUCAGGAAUAUCAUGAUAAUUGCAUUCAUUCAACAAAAAUUAAUUGAGCAUAUACUGUGUGCCAGGUACUGUCCUAGGCAUUAUGGAUAUAAAAGUUUUUAUGCAGAGACAGUCCUAUAUUUCCUAUGACCUUAAGGAACAUUUGUCUAGUAGUAGAGAUAGGACUAAUUAAACAAAAACAAGACAAGACAAGAAUAAUUAAGCAGCAAACUCAAUGAAUGCUAAAGGGAACAUGGUUCUGUGAGCACGUAACAAAAUAAUCUGGCCCAGGCUUGGCACUUGUGGAGGGAGUCCAUGAAGAAAGUUUGAGCUGCAGUCAGAUAUAUAGAAGUUAGCUAGCUAGGCAGAGGGAGGGUAUUGCAUUCUGGAAAGAGGGAAUAGCACAUACAAAUGCCCAGUGGUUGAAGGAAUUGUGAUGAUUUUAAAGAACUGUAAAAAGGAUGGAGUCUGGAGACUAAAUUUGGGAGUGGGGAGAUAUGGUGUGUCAUGCACCUGGGAAGGUAGAUAGGCCUCAGGCCCUACAAUACCUGGAGGCUAUGGAGGAGAACCAGAGAGAUGCCAGGAGACCAGUUAGUUGGGAGAUGACUGUAGUUAGAGAUGGUGGUAGCUUGAAAGCUAGUGGAAUGAGAUAAGUGGAAAUAUUCAAGAGAAUUGAGUAGCUGGAAUCAACUGGACUGGAGAUGGAUUGGAAAUGGAGGGCAUGAGAAGGGGUGAAGUUAAGGAUCACACUUCAGCUGGGCGUGGUGGCUCAUGCCUGUAAUCCCAGUACUUUGGGAGGCCAAGGUGGGUGUAUUGCUUGAGUGCAGAGUUCGAGACCAGCCUGGGCAACAUGAUGAAACCCCAUCUCUACACAGAAUACAAAAUUAGCUGGGCAUGGUGGUGUGGGCCUGUGGUCCCAGCUACUCAGGAGGCUGAGGUGGGAGGAUCUCCUGAGCCCAGGAGGUUGAGGCUUCAGUGCGCCAUGAUCACGCCACUGCACUCUAGCCUGGGUGACAGAGUGAGAACCUGUCUCAACAACAACAACAAAUCACACAUGUCUGAUUUGCACAGCUUGAUAGAGAAUGGUGCCAUUCUCUGAACUGGGAAACACAAGAAGAGGACUGAGGAGAGGGAUGAAGCAGAGGAAGAUUAUGGGCCUUCUUGAUACUGAGAUAUCCAAUUAAAGAUGUUGGCCAGGCAUGGUGGCUCAGGCUUGUAAUCCCAGCACUUUUGGAGGCUGAGGCAGGCAGAUCACUUGAGAUCAGGAGUUCGAGACCAGCCUGGCCAACAUGGUGAAACCCUAUCUCUACUAAAAAUACAAAAAUUAGCUGUGUGUGGUGGUGCAUGCCUAUAAUCCCAGCUACUUAGGAGGCUGAGGCAGGAGAAUCACUUGAAUCUGGGAGGCAGAAGGUGCAGUGAGCUGAGAUUGCACCACUGCACUCCAGCCUGGGUGACAGAGACUCUAUCUCAGAAAAAAAAAAAAAAAGAUGUUAAUCAAAUAAUCAGUUUAUAGAGGCCCAGAACUCAGGAAUAUGUUUAGUUGGAGUGGAGAUAAAACAGGAGUUUCUGGGGUUUGCCUGAUAAGGAAGAAAACAGACCAAGAUGAGCUUGCUGAAGAAGAUAGCAUAAAGAAAGAACAGACUAUAACUGAAGUUGAGGAACUCUGGUAUACGAUGAUAGAACAUAAUGCUGCAAAAGAAACAGAGAAGGAACAAAGAGGCGGGAGGAAAAUGGGCCGGGCACUGUGGCUUAUGCCUAUAAUCCCAACACUUUGAGAGGCCAAGGUGGGUGGAUCUCUUGAGCUCAGAAGUUCAAGACCAGCCUGGGCAUCAUGGCGAAACCCUGUCUCUACAAAAAAUACAAUAAUUAAUAGUUUCGAAAGAAAGAAACCUGCCAAGCAAAAGGCCGGUCUCAGCCCAGGAGCUAGUAGCAUGCAGUGGAACAGGUCUAGCCUGGAUGGCAGCACUGGGACUUCCAGUCCAGACUCUGCCAUUCACUGGUAUAGCCUUUGGGAAAGCCUUUGGACAAGUUGCUCGAAUCUUACUUCUCAGUUUCUUCACCUAUAAAAUGAGGGCUUUGAUCCAAAUAAUUUCCAGGGGACUGUCCAGCUCCAAAAUCCCCUGAUUCUGCUUUUUCAGAUUAAAAUUAUAAUUUCUCAUUUGCUUAUAAUAAAAGCAGAUUUGAAUAAAUUAAUCAGAAGGGUUUGGUUUGUUUGACCUUUUUUUUUAUUUUUAUUUUUUUAUUUUAUUUGUUGAGACAGAGUUUCCUGUCUCCCAGGCUUGGUUGCUGUGGCUCAAUCUCAGUUCACUGCAACCUCCUCUUCCCGGAUUCAAGCGAUUCUCCCGCCUCUGCCUCCCGAGUAGCUGAGACUACAGGCACCCACCAUCAUGCCCGGCUAAUUUUUCGUAUUUUUGUAGAGACAGGGUUUCACCAUGUUGACCAGGCUGGUCUUGAACUCCUGACCUCAGGUGAUCCGCCCGCCUCAGCCUCCCAAAGUGCUGGGAUUACAGGUGUGAGCCACCGGGCCCGGCCUGUUUGACCUUUAUAAGAUCAAUUUUUUUUGUUCACAAGCAUUUCUUUACUCAUAGAUAACCAUUUUUAUAACUUAUAUGAGACACAUUUAAUGUAAUCAUAUUACUUUCUUAUAUUAAAAGAUAGGAUUUCUUCUGAUGUAUCCAAGUUACUUUAUACUUCAUAUGAAGUCAUUAGGAGGUGAAUUAUUGCCAAUUCAAUGAAUUAUUUAUGAGUAUUUGGGGAAUGUUUUUGUUAUGCUUCUUUUAAUUUGGAAAGCAGCAUAUCACUCAAACUAUAGUAAUUCACAUUUUUGCAUUUAACUAAAAGUGUCUCAUAACUACUAUGCCACAAGAACAAGCAUGGAUGUUUAUUUAACCAGCCAAGACUAUGCAUUUCUAAAUAUUUAUUUUUUUCAGUUAUCCAUAGACUUUUCCUUUUGAAAUCCAACGAUCUGUAUCAACCACAUGUCUUCAUUUUCCUUUUCCUGUUUGUCUUACUCUCCCCCCGAAAAAAGUCAGUUUCCUGUUUUCUCAAUUCUCCUUUUCUCAGUUUAAAAUUAGCCCUAUGGCAGGUGCCACGUACAGCUGCAAAGGUGGCAAGAAGCCCUGAGAAAGCUCGAGAAGCGGGUCAAGGGGGUGGAUAAGGAAGAUGGGACGUUCAAGCAGAAACAAAAAGAGGAGCUAAAAGUGAAAGCCUCCCCCCCACCCCCCGCCACCAGCCCCUGCCAGCCACAGGUGGAAUUAAAGAAAUCUGGCAAAAAAUAAAUUUUGUUAUCUGUGCUUGGGGCGGUGACCCUUGACUCCAUUCCUAUUUAAACACCUGGAUUCUCUGCCAUAACAUCUUUUGCCACCUAUAGCUACAAUAAAGUGUCGUCUUGGAGUCUGUUGUACAUUUAAGAAUAAACUUUUGUAAGGAAAUAAAAAAGAGUCUACAGUUCAGUGCAGGAUAGGGAUGGGUGGGCCUUAAUUCAGGAGAUGGGAGGCUCAAAAUCAAUUACUCUGUUGAGGAGAUGGAAUCUCCUGGAAUCUCAAUAAGGAUUUCCUUUAAGAAUCAUCAGACUCAUCUGACUCUUCAAGUCUUUCUCUCCUUGGAGUUUUGUUUUGUUUUUAUUUUGUUUUGUUUUAGAGAUGGGUUCUCGCUCUGUCACCCAGGCUGGAGUGCAGUGGUGCAAUCACAGCUCACUGCAGCCUCGAAUUCCUAGGCUCAAGUGAUCCUCCCACCUCAGCCUCCUGAGUAGCUGGGACUACAGGUGUGCACCAACAGGCCCAGAUAAUUUUAUUUUUUGUAGAGACGGGGUCUUGCUAUGUUGCCAGGCUGGUCUCCAACUCCUGGCCUCAAGUGAUCCUCUUGCUUCUGCCUCCCAAAGUGCUAAAAUUACAGCUGUGAAACACCGCGCCUGGAGUUAAAAAGCAAGAUUAACCUUUUUGGACUGGAGUUCUUAGAGAAUUAUGGUGUGACUCAUUGACCAUAUUUGUUAGGAUCAGCAUUUUUAUAUGAUUUAACACAAAAUUAUACAGAAAAAAGUGCAAAAAUGUUGUAAGGCACAGUUGGUUUCCUAAGCAAACGCCCAUUGCUAUUCUUCGUUCAUCUCCACUCUAGAGGCUAGAAAUGCUAAAUUCUCUUUUUACCUUGUUGCCUUGUAGAGGGAUGAUCAUAUGACAUCUCACCAAUGGCACAUAAUUCAAAGUCUGCUGAGGAUUUCUAGGGUAUCCUGAUUAAAAGGGACAGAUGUGGCUGGUAGUGUCUAUUACCACCUCCUUCCUUAAAUGUAGCUGCAGAUGUCUAGAAUUGUGCUAAUCAGCUUAUGACUAUAAAAGAGAGGUGAAGAGAGCCAGAUCUGAAAGUGGUGAGCUGACCAGGCACAGUGGCACACCUGUAACCCCAGCACUUUGGGAGGCCGAGAGAGGAGGAUCAUUUGAGCCCAGGAGUUUGAGACCAGCCUGGGCAACAUGGCAAAACCUGUUCUCUGUGAAUAACUUAAAAAGUAGUCAGGUGGCCAGGUGUGGUGUUUCACACCUGUAAUCCCAGCACCUUGGAAGGCCGAGGUGGGUGGAUCACCUGAGGUCAGGAGUUCGAGACCAGCCUGACCAACAUGGAGAAACCCUGUCUCUACUAAAAAUACAAAAUUAGCCGGGCGUGGUGGCGCAUGCCUGUAAUCCCAGCUACUCCACAGGCUGAGACAGGAGCACUGUGGUCUCAGCUACUCAAGAAGCUGAAGCAGAAGGAUUGCCUGAUCCUGGGAGGUCGAGGCUGCAGUGAGCCAUGAUCAUGCCACUGCACUAUAUGCUGGGCAACAGAGGGAGACCCUGUCUCAAAAACAAACAAAACAAACAAACAAAAACAAGCAAAAAAAAAAAAGUGUUGAGCAGCUACAACAAUGCCAUUAGAUGCCCUGGGUGUCACUCUGGGUGACAGAGUGAGAACCUGUCUCAACAACAACAACAAAUCACACAUGUCUGAUUUGCACAGCUUGAUAGAGAAUGGUGCCAGACAGGAGAAUCGCUUGAACCAGGGAGGCAGAGGUUGCGGUGAGCUGAGACCACACCAUUGCACUCCAGCCUGGGCAACAAGAGUGAAACUCCGUCUCAAAAAAAAAAAAUUAGGUAUUCAGUAAGUAGAUCUAGGAAAAACUCACUCUAAUAAUGUUUCAGGAACUUCCUAAGACCAUAGUGGGAGACAGCUGCAUCAGAGGCCUCCCAGUGCCAUAGGACCAUAGAACCAUGGACAUGGGUGAGCAACUGUGUGCUGGGAGGAAAUGGCUGCUUAUUGGCAUGGAGUUAUUGAAUGCAGAACUUUUCAGCCAAGCACAAGGCUAUUUUUCUGAAAUCAUAACAUCGUGAGGACAUCCACUGCUUGUACUCAAAUAGCAUUCCUCAUAGGGAUGUCAAACCCGUGACUCUCUCAUACCUCCAAAAUCUCACUGCUGUUCUGAAACUCCAGAGAUUUUGCCAAGGAAACACUGACAUUCCUUCUGCCCACUCCUCUCCCCACGCUGCACUAUGUGGCCCCAGAGAGGAAAGACAAGGGCUGUUACCAUGGAGCUCUUGAAUUUCAUUAUGUAUCUCCCAACACAACUUUGGCCUCACCCUCUUCCCCAGUGUGAAGAUGCACAACCCAAGUGGGACAGUCUGAAUUUCCCCACCCUCAGGUGUCAGAGAAUCAGAGGAAGUCAUGCUGCUUAUCUAGAAUCUGCUAGAAACGGAGUUCACCCAAAGAAUGACCAUCACAGAAUUUAUGAACUACUCCUAGAUCAUGCAAUUAAUAAGUCCUCUAGACCAGUACCACUCAAGGUAGGGUCUGGGCCCCAGUGCCAGUCCAUAAACAGUUUGCUGCCGUCUGGGUGUGGUGGCUCAUGCCUAUAAUCCAAGCACUUUGGGAGGCCAAGGUGGACGGAUCACUUGAGAUCAGGAGUUUGAGACCAGCUUGGCCAACAUGGUGAAACCCCAACUCUAUAAAAAGUACAAAAAUUAGCCAGGUAUGGUGGUAUGUGCCUGUGAUCCCAGCUACUCGGGAGGCUGAGGUGGGAGGAUCACCCAAGCCCAGGGAGGUCGAGGCUGCAAUGAGCCACUGUGAUGGUGAACUGCACUCCAGCCUGAGUGACAGAGUGAGAUCCUGUCUCAAAGGGCGGGGUAGGGGAUUUGGGGUAGUAAUAUCAAUAGCAGACAAAAUAGAAUUUGAGGCAAAAAGUAUUAAUAGGAUCAAGAUUUUUUUUUUUUUAAAGAACAAUCCACCACGAACAUAGCAAUCAUGAACAACCCAGAAAACAGCAUGAAAAUUAAAAGGAAAAUUGGAUUUUAAAUACUUCUAGUAGAGAUGAUAGAGCAGGCAACAGGGAAGUUAGUAACCUUGUCUAAUAGGUUAUCUGUACUCAACAAGCAUAGAACACACACUCCUUUCAAGUACCUGAGGAAUGUUUAUAACAGUAAAGAUGAACAGAGAUCAUAUUAUAAAUAGUUGGAAGAUUUAUUUUUUAUUUUGUUUUUUAGAAACAGGGUCUUGGGGCCAGGCGUGGUGACUUACACCUGUAAUCCCAGCACUUUGCAAGGCCAAAGCGGGUGGAUCACCUGAGGUCAGGAGUUUGAGACCAGCCUAGUCAACAUGGCGAAACCUCGUCUCUACUAAAAAUACAAAAAUUAGCUGGGCGUAGUAGUGGGUGCCUAUAAUCCCAGCUACUUGGGAGGCUGAGGCAGGAGAAUUGCUUGAACUGGGGGAGCGGAGGUUGCAGUGAACCAUGGUCACACCACUUCACUCCAGCCUGGACAAAAGAGCAAAACUCCAUCUCCAAAAAAGAAAGAAAAGAAACUGAGUCUUGUGGCUGGAUGCAGUGGCUCAUGCCUGUAAUCGCAGCACUUUGGGAAGCCAAGGUAGGUGAAUCACUUGAGCCCAGGAGUUUGAGACCAGCCUGGCCAGCAUGGCGAAACUCCAUCUCUACUAAAAAUACAAAAGUUAGCUGGGCGUGGUGGCGUGCCCCUGUAAUCCCAGCUACUUGGGAGGCUGAGGCAGGAGAAUUGCUUGAACCCAGGAGGUGGAGGUUGCAAUGAGCCACUGCACUCCAGACUGCAUUCCAGCCUGGGUGACAGAACAAGACUGUCUCAAAAACAAAAACAAAAAACUAGGUCUUUCUCUGGGGCCGACGCUGGAGUGCAGUGGCUUUUUGCAGGCGCAAUCCUAGUGCACUGCAGCCCUGAACUCCUCGGCUCAAGUAAUCCUCCUGCCUCAGCCACCUGAGUAACUGGGACUAUAGGUAUGCCCUACCAUGUGUGGCUAUAUUUGGUACGUUUUAAAUGAAAAUAUUUUUGUUUUCUGUACAUUUAUUUAAAUUUAAAAAGUAUUUAAACCAUCUUUAAGAAAUUUAAUGUUGAGAAUGUUCUAGAAUAGUGAGUCAUUAGAUUUCAAAAUAUUGGUAUUGAACCAGACGGUCUUGUGGCUUCAAAGAAGUCUCUGAAGUCACUCCAGGUGAUAUUAAAAGUACAGUGCUAGGACUAGACUGUCUGACCCAAAAUAUGUGGCUGGAGCCAGAAAGGAUAUAAGCAUGGUUUGAGAAGGAAAAAAGCUUACCAAGGGGGAAUUGAGGAAGCCAUUUGCAAAACUUCCAGGAAAGUUAAAUGAAUGAAUGAAUAAAAUGUGAUUAAUAAAUAUGCGGGCCAGGUACAGUGGCCUGCAUCUGUAAUCCUAGUGUUUUGGGAGGCCAAGGCAGGAGGUGCACUUGAGGCCAGGAGUUCAAGACCUGAGCAACACAGCAAGAGCCCCGUCUCUAUAAAAAAUUUUAUAAAAUUAGCCGGGCAUGGUGGUAGACACCUGUAAUCCCAGCUACUUGGGAAGAUGAGGCAGAGGAUUGCCUGAGCCCAGGAGUUUGAGGUUAUAGUGAGCCAUGACUGUGCCACUGCACUCCAGCCUGGGCAACAAAGUGAGACCCUGACUCUAAAAGUAAAAUUAAAUUAAAUUAAAAAUAAGUAGAUAAAUAUGGGUUAUGCUGUGAAGCAUAGAGGGAGGGAUGAAGAGGACAUUUUAAGCCAUUUCCCUGGCCCCAGUUUCUAAUAUUAUUUCUAAAAUGCAAGAUAUCUGGUUAUCCCAGACCAGUUAUUUUUUUAUUGAAAUUUGCUCAAAAUUUUUAUUUUUAAAUCUUAACAAUUUCUAAAAUCAAGCUUUUAAAUUUAUUUUGUAUUUUUUUGAGACAGGGUCUCACUUUGUCACCCAGGCUGGAGUGCAGUGUCACAAACAUGGCUCACUGCAGCCUCGACCUCCCAGGCUCAAGUGAUACUCCUGCCUCAGCGUCCCAAGUAGCUGGGACUACAGGCAUGCACCACCACACCUGGCUAAUUUUUUUAUAUUUUGUUUGUAGAGACGGGGUUUCACCAUGUUGCCCUGUCUGGUCUUGAAACCUUGAGCUCAAGAGAUCUGCCUGCCUUGGCCUCUCAAAGUGCUGGGAUUACAGGCGUGAGCCGUCCUGCCUGGCCUAGUCACAGUUUUUUUUUUUUUUUUUUUUUUUUGAGACGGAGUUUCACUCUUGUUGCCCAGGCUGGAGUGCAAUGGCAUGAUCUGGGCUCACCGCAACCUCCACCUCCUGGGUUCAAGCGAUUCUCCUGGCUCAGCCACCCAAGUAGCUAGGAUUAUAGGCAUGCACCACUAUGCCUGGCUAAUUUUGUAUUUUUAGUAGAGACAGGGUUUCUCCAUGUUGAUCAGGCUGGUCUCGAACUCCUGACCUCAGGUGAUCUGCCUGCCUCGGCCUCCCAGAGUUGGGAUUACAGGCAUGAGCCACCAUGCCCAGCUAGUCACACUUUUUAGUCAAGAUUUUUAAAAUGUCCGCAUGCUUUUCUGAGAGCCUUAUCUCUCGUGAUUUGAAGCAUUUUCUCCAUCAGGCCUAAGGCUGAAGGAAUGUAGUUUGCUGCCCUUCAGUCUAUGACAAGGAGGUCUGUUUCCUCCAAUGCCUGCCUUUUAGACAGAGCAUUGAUUCACAGGGAACAGAGGCAGACCUGGGGCUGACACUGAAUGAAUGCUACUCACAGCAGUAAGGGGAAAAGUGGGAAAGUCUUGUUUAUGCUGUGGUUGGUGUGGAUGUCUUUGGGGAAGAAAAAUUCAGGAUGAGUUUAUUAAGAGCAUUAUUUUUGAAAGUAUAAGAUUUGUGAUUGUAACGUAAACUUAAAUCACUUUGGGAAUGAAUAAAAAAAUCUAUGUGACACAAAUUAAUCAUCAUUCUCAUUGUAAAUUUGGCAAGGUAUUUGUAAUUAGGAAUAUCUGUCAUAUUGGCACUGGGCAAUUAAUUCUGAAUGUUCCCAUGCUGAAGAUUCUCUCAAAAAGGGAAAAAACAAGAUCCUUUAUUUGUAUAAGUACAAUCAGUUUGCUGAAUAAAACCUUUAUAGCUACAGUUAUAACAGGAUUGUUUCUACAUUUUAGCUUGGCGAUCCCAUGACUAUUCUGUUUUGCUAAUAAUAAACAAAUACUGUGCUA